CACCUGGGCCCCCCGCACCAGGGGCACCCGGGGGCCUGGGGCGCCACCACGGCCGCCCACCUGCCGUCCAUGGGCGGCGGGCAGCAGCAGCAGUCGCUCAUCUACUCGCAGCCGGGGGGCUUCACGGUGAACGGCAUGCUGAGCCCCCCGCCCGGCGGCCAGAGCCUGGUGCACCCGGGGCUGGUGCGGGGGGACACGCCGGAGCUGGGCGAGCACCCGGGCCACCACCACCACCACCACCAGCACCACCCGCACCACCAGCAGCAGCACCACGGCGGCGUCAACAGCCACGACCCGCACUCGGACGAGGACACGCCGACCUCGGACGACCUGGAGCAGUUCGCCAAGCAGUUCAAGCAGCGCCGGAUCAAACUGGGAUUUACCCAAGCGGACGUGGGCUUGGCGCUGGGCACGCUGUACGGGAACGUCUUUUCGCAGACCACCAUCUGCAGGUUCGAGGCCCUGCAGCUCAGCUUCAAGAACAUGUGCAAGCUGAAGCCUUUGUUGAACAAGUGGCUGGAGGAGGCGGACUCGUCCUCGGGCAGCCCCACCAGCAUAGACAAGAUCGCGGCGCAGGGCCGCAAGCGGAAAAAGCGCACCUCCAUCGAGGUGAGCGUCAAGGGCGCCCUGGAGAGCCACUUCCUCAAGUGCCCCAAGCCCUCCGCCCAGGAGAUCACCUCGCUGGCGGACAGCCUACAGCUGGAGAAGGAGGUGGUGAGAGUGUGGUUUUGUAACAGGAGACAGAAAGAGAAACGCAUGACUCCCCCGGGAGGGACUCUGCCGGGAGCCGAGGAUGUCUAUGGGGCAAGUAGGGACACGCCACCGCACCAUGGGGUGCAGACCCCCGUGCAGUGAACUCGCAGCGGGGGGAGGGCCCGGGG